GAGUACUUUGUCAAUAAUGCAAAGAUUAUUAGAGAAGAACAGCAUCGAGGAUCAGAAGGAAAGGCGCAGCUGCUAUAUGUAAUCGAUGAGCUCCUUGAAUCGUACCAUCCUAUCACGAAUCGGCCUCCUACUGCUCUGGAUCUCUUGAAACAACCUGGUAUCUAUGGGCUUAAAGAACCUCUUGAGGCUUUUGCAUCUCGAGUUUCAUCCGAGAGAGAAAAAGAAGUUUUCAGUAGAGUUGGUAAUCAUACAUUUUUUUUGCCAAUCGGAUCAAGGAACGAGGAGUCUACAAAAAUGUUAAAACUACAAGACAUCGAUACGUGGGUAGUGAGAGGUCAUGUAAUAGCAAAGCAUGUCCUUUUCUUACGUACAAUGAGCAGAAAAUCGUACAAAUCUGAGACAUGGGGGGACAACCUGAAAGUUGAACUGAAACUUACAAAUGAAACAGAUAGUAAGAACAGAGAAAAGUGGUACAUUCAGAGUAAUACCAUCCAAGGUGAUCAGAGUCACCGGAAAGGUGUUGUACGAGCUAGGAUUGUGAGACCAAAUAUCCCAGUAAGCAACGGAGUUGUGCAUUUGAUUAGCAGACCUUUGAUGGUUAUAAACAACACAAUCUGGGAUCUUAUUGAACAGGAGAAAGAAGGAAGAUUAGGGGAAUUCUACAAUUUAGUUAGCGACAGUCCCAAAUUUGCGUCACAUCUCAAGAGCUCUGAUCAAAAGACAGUUUUCGCUCCUACAAACGAAGCAUUCAGAGCGUUAGAUGGUGAGAAGUUCAAUCAUAUUCGCAACAAUGCAUCUGCUAGAAAUAACCUGCUGGAAUUGCAUAUGGUUAUGAGGUCUGUAACUACUGAAGAUGUGUGGACUGAGUACGUCACCAACAUGUUAGCUUCAGAUAAUCGCCGAAAUUUAUACUUCAGAGCCGUUGGAGAUGAGAGGAACAAAACUCUGACCAUAGAAGGUGGUGGAGCAAAUGCCACAGCUGUCAUGGGGGAUAUAGGAGCAACAAAUGGUAUAUUGAACAUCAUAGAUCGCGUGUUAGGAAUGCCCUAUCUUACAGUAUUCAACAAAUUGGCACAUGAUCCAGAUUUAUAUACGACUUUUCGAUUGAGCGCUCAAGAUGCGUGGAAUCAAAAAUUGAACGAUAAAGGAAAGAGUUAUACGUUCUUUGUGCCCAACGAAAAGGCGUGGGAACUUCUCAAGUCAGAAAUGCCUUCAGAACACAAGCAACUACACUUAGGACAAUUCAGCUACCACGUUCAUAAGAUUCUGGAUCGCCAUCUUGUUGUAGGAAUGGAACUUACGAAAGAAGAUUUAGAACGCCAAGAUAAGAUUCAAAUGGUUCACGGAAUGUUCAAAGUUUCACCUGGAUAUGGAAGUGGUCCUUUGAGAGUUGAAUGGGAAGGUCGGCCUGCCAAUAUUGUCCGUCCUGAUGUCCAAGCCACGAAUGGUAUCAUUCACGUAAUUGAUCGUGUUAUGAUGAAACGGAGAGAUCUCACCAAAUCUGGAUCAAUAUGUUGGUUUCCUCGUCUUUUUUCCUUAGCCUUAUCCUUUCUUUUUGUUCUGAUUACAGACAUUCCUUAAUUUCGAAAACUCGAAGUAAAUAAAGAAAUCCAAAGAAAACAUGGGAAUGAAAAAAUAAUACAAGAUUAUUGUUUCAUGUUUUAGAAGUUGCAAGCCUUUUAUUUCUUCUGUUGAUACAUAACUUUUACGCUACAAAUGGUAACUUUUCUAGUGAUCAAUUUUUUAAUCUGUUAUUAGACAUGAUUUUAUUAAGCACACGGAGUUAAGUUCAUUAAAGUUGAAUGAGGAGAAUGCAAUUUUAGGAAUUAACAAAAUUUUCUUCCAAAAAAAUAAACUACAAAGUAUGUUUUUCUUUUCAAUGGCACUGUUUUCACAAGAAUAUUGAAUAGAAUUUUGGAUAAUUAUGGAUCUUAACACAUAAUAGAAGGUCUGCAGCAUGUACUGAAGCAAAUUUGUGUGCCAGCUAGUUCUUGUAUUUUGGUAGCUAGAAGAGGCUUCUCCUUUCCCCACCCUCAGAUGGAGAUUGAAAAAGUUUCUUAAAACAUUGCCAUACAUUUUAUUUUAGAAAAGUGAGCUUUCCGAAGAAAUGACAUCAGAAAAGAAGCUUUGUUUAAAAAGUAGUGAAUUCUAGGAACAAAAUGCUGACCUUUCAAAGAAGGAGUGUGAUAUGCUGUACGAGAGAGAAAUCUAAGUCCUUGACUGAAACAAGAUAUAAGUCGUGGAUCUCUAAUGUUACACUGAACUAAUACUAACAAUCCAAUUUCCAAUUUAAUAAUCUCUACCGUUUUUUUGUACAUAAUGAAUACAUUCAGUUUGUUUCAUAUUGGAAUAUUCGAACGUAAUUAUAAGCUCAAUAUCGAAUACUAUAUUUCUUUGCAUAUAUAAAUUUCUGAAGUGUUCUGUGUAUUCAUAGGUCAUUUCAUUCCAUCAGUGACGUCGCACUCGGGUGUAUGUACAUAAAUACAUACAUAUAUACAUACAUAUAUAUGUGUAUAUACAUAUACAUAUAUUCGUAUGUUAUAGAGCCCCAGAUACCAGUUUCAGCUAAUUAUUAUUCAGGGUUAAAUUAGUUAGGGGCAUUUCGUGUUAGUUUGUAACAUAUCCAUAAUGAAACAAAAUCAUAAAAACUGUAGAUAGAUUUUUUAUUGCAAACUUUAGUUCAACCUGAAAAAUUAUUUUAUUUAAGUUUCUAAAAAACUAGAAAUAAAUUUGUUUCUAGCGCGGAGAUAUUUCCAUACAUGUCUUUUGUAUGAGGAAGUUAUUUUUAUUAAUUUUUCCCUUCAUAGUGUACUAAAUAAAAGAUAAGUAUAUAUCUUAUACUUUAAUAAUAUCUUAUUUGGUUUCCUUAGUAUAAGCUAAGACCUUUUUGCAAAUAUUAUAAACUACAUUUUUUUCAUUUAGUUUGCCUUACGAUUUAUGCCUGAAAUGUAUUUUUAAACAUUUUCUUAAUGUUGUAGAAGAAGUAAUUAUAGUAUAUGGAAAUUUCUGAACGUUAAAUUACGAUGGUUCAUAUCACUAAUUCAGGAAAAUACAAAAUUAAUUAAUGUAAUAGUUUUAUAUCAUCUUUUGCUAAUAAUAAAUUUUCCAGUUAUUACACAGUGCAGAUAUAUUUUAAUAGCUGGAAAGAAAAAGAGAAUAAUAUAUAUUACAGUUAUUGUAAUUAUUAUCUGAGUCUUAGUUCCUUGACUGAAAAAGGUACUUUUCUUUUUGAUACAGGCUUACUUUCAUAUAAGCCGAAAUCAGUAAUCUCUGUUAUAGAAUAUCAGCCAGAUCUCUGAUGUAAUAUAAUUUUAUUGGACUUCAGUUCCACCAAUACCUUUUGAUUCAUAAACCCUUUUGUUGCAGCAGAAGAAAUAUCUUUGCACAGAAACUGCUUUUAGCACGUUGCUAUGCAAAACCUCAAAGUUGAAUGCCUCUUCCAGUUCACAAAUUAUUGAAACAAAUCUCAGUGCAUAAUUAUAAUAUUUUUUGUAUCAUACGAAAUUUUAAUGCAUGUAAACAUGUUUCACUUACAAAUAAGUACUGUUUGUAAUUUUUAUAACGUCUCGUUUUAUCCUAAGAAGCUUCAAUAUGACAUUUUCAGUGUAACUUUUAGGUGUUUCUAACUUUAGAAGACUUUAAUGAAUUAUUGCUAUAUAUUAAUGAUAAUACUCAGAACAGCGAUGGAUUUGUUUUUACCUUUUGCAUUCAGAAAAAAAGUAAUAGUUUUCUUCGCAAUAAUAUUAUCUGCUAUUAUUUUCAGCAGAGACAAAAUAUUGGUUUUAAAGUAAAUUGCCAAAAUCUUAUUAAAUAGUAAACUGCCAAAAUGUGUUGCCCAAAUGUAUAAACAAAAUACUCAUUCUCUUUCUAUACCAUAUUUUCUGUUUUUAGUUGCACAACUUUUAUAUUUUGCGGACAAAAAUAAGGCAUAUACAUCUAUAUGCUGUAUUCUUAUAUAAGCUAAAUAAUAGUAAAAAUAAUAGGUUUUAGUUCAUAGAAUAUUUUGUAUUUUAUAUGGUAUAUUGCAUAGCUUAUAAUGCAUAGCAUACUUUCAUAGCUUAUAGAGAUUACUAAAGUGGGGCAUGGUUAACCUACUUCAAUAGCUGUAACACAAAUCCAUAUUUGUUCCACUUUCCAUAUUUAUAUUAUUUGACCAAUGAAGUCACAUCUAAAUCCAUCGCUGCUGUGAAAUGCUUCCCUGUUUGUAUUCUGUAAUUCAAUGCAGACUAAAUUUCAUAAUGAAGAGUAAAGGCUGAUUAUUCCUUGCUCACCUAUCAGAUAUACAAAUGUAUAUCUUACUUGUGAAUAUAAAUUAUUAUUUGAAUGGUUGAGCGUGCUUAAAUCUGUGUAAUCAUAAACAACUUACAUGUUUGUAUAUAAUCAAAAAUACUGUUAAAAGGGAAAAAAUGUAAACUUUAAUUUUCGGUUUUUCGUUACUGUGCUGUUAUUUUUUAACAUAUUUUAAUCUUACAAUUUCAUUUCAUAAUAUGCUGCUGCAAAUAUUAGUUCCAAGAAAGAGUAAAUCAAGGUAAAGAGAAUUUGUGGAAUUCAUGGUGUCAGUUCUAUAUCUCAAACUUUAAUUAAUGAAUUUUUAAUAAAAAUUGUUGUCGAAUAGUACAUAUUUUCAACAUAGUUACCCCUUUAAAUCUCUGGUUUCUCAAACUUCAGUUCAAUGGAUGAAAAAUUACUCAUUAUAUUCUGAGCUUCAUUAACAUUGUUAUCAAAAUGAGAAAUAUUUUGAUUAGGAUUGAUGUAACAUUUUUUUCUUUCAAACAGUUGUUGUCAUAAAAAUCUAUUGUUCAAAUAUUCUUCGUUUACAAAAUCAUGUUUGUCUUUAUCUAGUAGCAGAUCUGUACAGUGAAAUAUGUGUUGUGUAUAUUUGAUAUUAUCUUCUAUUUUAUUGCUACAGUGUUACUGUUAAAGUAUAAGAGACUAUGUUGUAACAAAUUUUGGCGUCUGAUAAAAUCCGUAUUGCUCUGUAUUCAAAGCUAUAGACUGAAAUGCUUAAAACAUGUUUUUUAACAUGUGAAUAAGAAAUUCAUGAAGAAAUUAAACGUUGUUUCUUGUACUUUGUAUUUUUUUAUAACACGUCUAGAUCUACUGUAAGUUUGCCUUUCCAAUUGUACUUAUUAAACGUACGUGUGUUUUUAUCCAAAGAGUGAAAGGUCCGGCCUGAGGUCUCUGAUAUUUCGGAAUCAAGGCAUACUACAGGCAUUUCCCGCUUUUCGAUGCUUCAUUUUUGCGAUAUUUUAUAUUUAUAUUAAAAACACAUAUAUUGUGCAUGUAAUGCUUAUUUCGCCCUUUACUUUAUAAUUUGUGAAUAUUAAUACAGACAAUUUAGUUUACGGUGCUUUUGCACUUAUGAGGUAUGUUAUUUAAGAUUAUCACACUUUCAGAUGUUUGCGUUUUUAGCAACCAAAAAUCCAUUUACAAACAAAAAAGACCUACUAGGACUGAUUUAAAUUAUUUCCUGUUUUCCAGAAUACUUUCGUUUCUAACGUGUCGAAUAAUCGGGGGAAGUCUGUAGAAAACUGCAUAAAAACUUUUGUCCUUGAUAUUAAAAAUACUGCUUACUUUUCUAAAGCUUGAUUUAAAAUCCUUGAAUAGCAAGUACCUUUACGAAAAUAUAUUGCAUUUUUAACACAAAUAUAUCCGAAGCAAAUUUAGUGUACUCAAAAUCUUUCUUGUGUUAUUAAACUUUAAAAACGAAUAAUAAAGGUUUAUUCGCCAUUCUAAUACAGAAAUGCAUUAUACUUGAUCUUUUCUAAAUAUUUCGGCCGGGCCUGUAACCUAAGCAUCCUAAAUUUGAUUAUUAAUGCUCUAGUCUUAAAACCUUGUCAUCCUAUUGUAGAAGCAUAAAUUCCGUGUAAUAACGGUGUCUUCGAAUCGCAAUUAAAAUUACAGAUUUUUUUUAAUAAUUGGUUCAACCUAACAUGCAUUAAAGAUAUGAAUGAGAUGUCUGGGGUCAAAGGAAGCUAAACAUCCUGCUCUUUAUCAUAUUUAUACAUUUCUGUAAAUUACAAAUGUGCUCAAGGUUGCAGUUGCUUCACAUACUGAUUAGUUGUAACUUCAAAGUUGCAUCAUUAAUCAUUGUACAACACUUUUUGAAAUUGUUAAAUAUAUUCUAAUGCUCUAUAAAUGAAAUUUGUUUCGAACUAAGAAAAAAGAAUAAAUAAAGAAAUAUUUAAACUCAUUUUGUCGGUACGUACUACAGCGUACGUAUUCAGGACAUACUUCAACUAUUCUCUUAGAUUGGUCUAAUACUAAAUACGUUACACGUGAACAAAUCUUAACACGAAAGUUUUGACAAUUUCUAGCUCAUGAAUUUAAUUUCAUCAUUUCAAAAGAAUUUUUAAAAACAAAAGCCUUUCAUAAUUGUUGAUAUAAUGUUACUAUAUGAGGGCAGGUUUUAGUACAAAAAUUGCUAUUCUUUUCCAAAUAUUUUAAACAAAACAUACUUUCCUAUACUUUUAAUCCUUAAGCUUUUAUAAUAGAUUUGCAUUUGUAAACUUUUUACUGCGUUUACAGAUACUAGGUAAUUUAUAAAAAAAAGGCCAUUUUACUGCGCAUGUCGUACGUUAGAAAGUCAACAACAAUUUUAUGUUUAAAAUGUUUUAUGAUAAAAAUUUACUAAUUAUCAUUCUUUUAAUUUCAGAAUUAGUACUGUUUAUUAUACUGUUGAAUAUUGCUGGUUAUAUGCUUAAAGCUAAUCGUUUUUACUCAUUUGUGAGUUUGCUUAAAUGCACACAAAUAUGAUAGCACAUGGUGAUCAAUAAAGUGAAGGAUGUUUAGCAGAACUGUUUCCCCUUUUACCUCUUUGCACAUUAUGACAAUCUGUGGUCUUUGUUUGCUUCUGUACUGAUGCAUGUUAAGAGGUAAGUCUCUGAACCCGUUGCAGUUAGAAUGUAAUUGAAGAAUUAUAGAGCUCACCUUGUAUUUACUGUGUUACAGACAUAUACAGUUAUAAACCAAGAUGCCUUCUCAGACACGCAUUACUAUUUCCUAGUUGCUGAAAUAUGUUUCAGGUACUUGUUGUAGCUUUCCAAAAAUAUUUGAAGCUUUUAAUAUCACUUGAGACAAACACUUUCUUAUGUGUUUGUUUAUAACGAGUAGUUGGGCCAUGUUGAUCUUGAUACUUGAAAACUGUUCAUCAUAUUUGUGUCCAUGAAGUAAUUAUAAUGUCAUAUAUGGGAUUUCCACAUUUCCCAGUCUGUAUACGACUUUCCAGUAAUGUGCAGCUGAACAUGUAUAAAAUUAAUUUAUUAGUGUUUUGAAUUUCGCACCAUUACGAAAACUGUACCUAAAAUAGAAUAAAACGAUUCUUGUAAAAUCAUUGAUUUGAAAA